UCAAUGAGGUCUUCAGUCAACCCAACCAGACUAUUUUUCGUGAGUUAAAUAAGGUACACAUUUUUAUCUGGCGUGUCAUGAACCGACCCAGCAAAAUGAAUGUGGUCGGCAAAAGAGUUCGAAUCUCUACCGAUGAAGGGCAAUACACGGGUAUUGUGCGUGUCUAUGAUGAAAGGAAGGAGCUUUUGUCUUUAGAUCAAGUGGAAUAUCAUCUUGAUAAUGGAAAUGUGAAGAAAAUAUUUGGACUACAGAACUACUUCCUAGAUGACCUAACCUCUGAAAUUGAAGCAUUAGACAGUGAACCAAUACACGCUUUGAGGAACCCGGAACAGGAUGUUGUCUCAACUCAUUCAAGAGGAAAGAGAAUAUUCCAUUCCAAAAUGGCUGCCCCACACCAAAGUAGACUGAAAGACCUGGACAUCAAUAUAUUGCUAGGACGAGAGAGUCCUCACCAUGACAACCAACCAGAUGAUGAUGAUCCUAAACAGAUCCUUAAUCAGCAUCACAAUAUCAGGAUGCUGUCAGAUGAAACACGGGAUGGUCUUGCAACUGGAUCACUAGCUACAUUCAAAGUAUUUGACCAGCUAGAUGAUGAUUUCUAUGCUGCAUUAGAGGAGAUAUCAAAAGAAUCAGUGAUUGGUUUUGCUGUCGAGGGCGUGAAUAUUGGUCGCAACGGGAAACUUUGCUGGGUCCAGGUGGCACUGAAGGAGGAUAUUUUCCUGUUUGAUAUUCUAGCCCUCGGGAAAGAUUGCUUCUCGGAGGGUCUUGCGGAGAUUCUAAGCAGUGAUAUUGUUAUGAAGAUAAUCCAUGACUGUAGGAAUAUUAGUGACAUGCUAUUCAGCCAAUAUGACAUAAAACUGAUGAACAUAUUUGACACUCAGGUGGCUAAUACUAUGUGCUACAAGAAUGAACAUUUUGGAGAUCUACCUCGUUAUGUUGACUCAUUGUUUAGUGUGCUGAAAGACAACUUAGGCAUAACAGAGAGUGAUUUUCGUGUACAACGAAUCAGACUUGACACUGCUGAGGAUGAUCAGAAGAUCUGGGCAGUGCGUCCACUACCAGAAAUCCAACUCGACGCUUUGGCCAAGAAUGUGAAAUAUCUGCGCCCAUUGUGGAGGGGGUCGAUAUUUAUCUCUCCAUAUAGAGAUGAGAAAAAUGAAUCAAAACUACCAAGCAAUGACCAACUCCAUUGCACACCAGUGUUAUUCAGACAUCUGAACCACAUAGUAGCAGACAGGACUGUGCACUAUAGGGACUUGGACAAAGACAAGAAUGGCUUCCGGGAGAACUGUAAAGGUGUCACUGACAGCUAUGUCGUCUUUGCAAGAGACUCCCCCUGGCACGAGAAGAAAGAGUGGCGCAGUAAGGGAAUGUUUGGACAUAGAGGAGAGACUUACCAUGAGCAGAAAAUGAAAAACAUACAGGGUAACCAGUUAACAAUGCAAAUGAUAGAAGAAUCAACAACUCCAAAAGUCCCUCCUCAGUCAUCACCCAUUGCUCAUCCACCAUCUACAAAAGCAGAAGUGGAAAAUCUCAGGCUAACGGAAAAUUCCACACCAAUGGAAAAUUCCACUGUGUUGGAAAAUUCCGUAACAAAUACUGUACGAUACUCAGGAACUGUAUCUCAAGACACUGCUGUACUUAAUACUCAUUCUACCAAGUCACAGUCCCACCAGGCCACUAUUAAAAAUCCUAUCACAGCCGAGGCUGCAAAACAAUGUGGUUUUGUGUUCAGGCCAGCUGGUCAUUUUGAAGCGAAGGGCCCUAAAAAGCAGAAAAUUCCUGAUCCGCCUCCAAGAGAAAAUGCAAUUAACCAGUAUGGUCUUAAUUCUAAAACUGAUCCUGCCGAAAGUGAAGGAAGUGAUUUGAGUAGUGGCUUCAAUGUACCUACAAUCCACAAAGUUUUUGAUGAUUUCGAUUUCAUGGGAGAAAUUCCUGAUCAGGGUGAUUUAGAUAUCAAAAAUGGGAUCGCUCCUCAUACAAAUCUUUCAACUCCAUUUUUGGACCUUGCUAACUCGGGCCCAGAUAACAACUCAGGAACAGAGUCAUCGAGCGAAGAUAAUACAAAUAACAGUAAACGAUUCCAGGACAUUAACAACGAUGUGAAAACGCCAGUCAAACAGUCUCAAGAUAUACUUUCCGACAGCUCAAGUGGAUCUGAUAAACCACACAAACGACGAUCUGACAUUCUCAAAGAGCUUUUGAGAAAAAAUAAACAGUCACCUUCACCUACGAAACCGUCAUACUCGCCUGGUCAUAUUUCUAAUUCAACAAAUAUAUCACCUGGCCAAAUUACUCAAUCAACAACCUCAAUGAUUCAGAAAACACCAGACAUAACUGCUGGAUCAACCGAAAAGAGCACAAGUGAGACUACUCCAUCAAUCAUAUGUGAAAUUCCUCCCCAGAGGCCCAAAGCGCCUUAUAGACUCGUAGACCUGAAUGAUGACAUUGACUUUGCCAGUAUUGCACCCACCAUGAAAGGAGUAUCAGGUGCCAAUGUGAAACCCAGGCUAGGACGUGGAGAAGCCAUUGAGAAACAUAUUUUUUCUUAA